ACGUCAUUUAUAUUCUAUAUUUCGAAAUCAGCUGGUUUCUCUACAUCGAAAAUAUUCCCAUUUGAUAUUUGCUUUGUUUAUCAGAUUGAUGAUGCUUAUUACUAGAUUUUUUUCAGAAACCCGUAUUAAACCAAAUUUUUACACAAUAUUUUUAAUUUAUGUAACAUAAAAAUGACAUGGUAUUACGUUUAAAAGUAAUUGUUGGCAAACAUUUCUUAACAAAGUUUUUAUUACGUAAUAUAACGCGUCCACGAACUUUGCCUCCGCAACUGGCAACGCCUCCGCAAAAUGCUCAAGACGCCAGCUGCAUUUCAGAGACGUGACUCGAGAGCCGAGGAUGGGAAACUUGGGCAACGUUUUGUGAGGCGUAAGAAGGAGUCCAGAAUGGAGGACGACCAGUCGUCGGACAGCUCUGUGGAGGAGCUGCCGGCCGGCGGCUCGGAGCGCUACGGCUGCAAACACUACCGGCGCAAAGCGCGCCUGGUGGCGCCCUGCUGCGACAAGGUCUACCCGUGCCGCUUCUGCCACGACGAGGUCGAGGACCACCAGCUGGACCGUAAGACGGUGCGCGAGGUGGUGUGCGCCGCGUGCGGCCACCGCCAGGGCAUCCUGCAGACCUGCACCAACUGUGAUAUUGUUCUAGCCCAGUAUUUUUGUGCCGUGUGCCGACUGUACGACGAUGAGGACAAGAAGCAGUACCACUGCAGCGGGUGUGGCAUCUGCCGGGUGGGCGGCCGGGACCUCUUCUACCACUGCGACAUCUGCGACAUGUGUCUGCCCAACAACCUGCGCGACAACCACAAGUGUGUGGAGAAGGCGAGUCGCACCAACUGCGCCGUCUGCAUGGAGGACAUCCACACGUCGCGCAUCUCCUCGCACAUCCCGCCCUGCGGACACAUGAUCCACAAGCCGUGCUUCCGGAUGCUGGUUGACCGCGGCUACUACGCCUGCCCCACCUGCAACGUGGCCAUGUUCAAAAUGGACUCGGUUUGGUCCAAGCUGGACCAAGAGGUAGCCGAGACCCAGAUGCCAGAGAGGUACCAGAAUUGCUACGCAAAAAUCCUAUGCAACGACUGCCAGACCAAGUCAGUGGCGCCGUUCCACAUAAUCGGCCUCAAGUGCGGCGGCUGCGGCUCGUAUAACACGGCGCGCGGUGACGGCCCGCUCUACAAGCGCAACGCCAAGGGUGAGCUGGUGCCGUUCAGUGAGCUGGACGAUGACGACGGUGAGCCGGAGCCGGUCGUGCAGCCGCCGCCGGCCGCCCCCGCCCCCGCCCCCGCCCCCGCCGACGAGCCGGCCGACGCCGAGGAGCAGCACUGACCGCCGGCGGCGCGGGGUCACCGCGCCGGCCGCCCGGCCGAGGAGCGGCCGCUGACCGCCCCGGCCCGGAGGUCCACUCGCAGAAACAGAUACAUUUAUAGCUGGUAUUCGCUAGAGCGUGGCUUAGUAGUGACUAGUGGUAAAUUAGCUUAGCGAGAGUGGCGAGUGGUGGAUUUUUGAGAGCGCCAGUGGUGGCCGAGUCUGAGGGGCCGGCCUGCCGUUUAUCACAGUCACGCCGGGACCUUUGGGGCGUCUUCUCCCCGACCCCGGCCGACGACGUGCGCUGAUAUUAAGGUGUAUAUGACGCGGAGUGUUGGCGCCAGGAGCGGCUGACGGGUGGCCGCCGCCCGCCUCGGUGCGGCGCCUCCGGGCGCGCCCGUGCGUCCGUGUACUUCUCAGGGCGUCUGUGAGAGUCCCGGGCCGCUCCGGGCGCCGGCGGACGUCCCGGUCACGUCCGCGGGCGUCGGGUCGGCCCGGCACACUUGGAGCCGUGUCGGAGCGGGGGGGGGGGGUGUCUGCGCGCCGGGCGGACCGGGCUCGUCACUGCCCGGGCGGCCCGGCGGCGGCAGCACCGGCGCCGCCGCCAGGGCUUUCUGAGAGUGACCUGCGCCGCCGCGCGGCGGCCCGCGGACCGCGGGAGCUCGUCGCCGGGUCUCGGACGCCGGUCGAGGCCGAUCUGUUUAUUGACGGCAAAUUAUGCACUGGUUGAUGUGUAUGACGAUUUGGACGGAGCUGUUUUGGUGACGGCCGGUUUCUCCCCUCUAUCGCCGUCUUUCCCCCUUUCUCUGGCCGUUUCACUGCCUUUGUGACUAGCACCGCAUGUCCUGGACUGCCUGUGCUUUUGGACUGGUUUCUUUUCCUGUCUGGUAGCUUCUAGGAGUCUCAGUGAGCGCCACUAAGGCCUUUGCACCGCGGCGGUCCAACUCCCCCGCCCCAGCCCGGGGCGGACGGUUUUAUUUGUCGGUGCAGAGGCUGCACUGCACCGUACUUGACUAUUGCGUGUUUGUUUUGAUGACGCGUCAAAUCGGUCGUUUUCGCUUUUCGAUUCACCUUAGUUGUACUUUUAUGCACCUUAGUUGUAUGCAAUGUGAACUGAUAUCUCGAGCGACCUGACAAUAAAUAUAUGAGUCGGAA